AUGGCUAAAAAUGAAGUAACCAUUCUUCUUGAACUUCUUGAUCUUGAUUAUUUAAAACCAAUAUUAGUUGAUCGUUUCAAAAAUAUUAAUGUCCUUGCAUCAGCAAAUCUUGCUGAAAUUGGUAUUGAAAAUCAAGAUCAUCUUACUAAAUUACAAUAUGCUCUUGAUGAACUUCAACACACUCAAAUUUGUAUUGAAACAAUGGACCCUGUAAUAUCAUUUAAUGAUUGCAAUCAAAUAAUAACACGUCUUGAAAAUGAAAGCAAUCUUAUAUCAUCUGGUCUAAAUUUAUUAUUAAACAAUAGUUCUAAAAAUUUACCGAAAGAUGAUGCAACAUGUGAUAUUGAUUAUAGUUUAUAUAAUUCAAAAAUCGAUCAAAUUGCAGCCGACAUAGAACAAUUACAAGACAACACCGAUGAAUUAGUUAAAGAAAUCGUAAAAAAAUAUCGACCAUCGGAACAAUCAUCAAGUAGCAAUAGAAAUAAUGCAAAUCAAAAUUGCCUAGAAACUUUUGCUAUUUUAACUCUAUCUAUUUUUUGUAUUGGUUUAGUAUUCUCAAUUAAGCAUCAAUAA